AUGGUCUGUGGAAAAGAUAUUUGCACCGAUUUCUAUCCAGCAGGGAGAGGACGGGCUUGUUGGAAUAUCGAAUAUCUAACAGUGGAUACUAGAUGCUCGUUACGUUAUUCAAAAUUUGAAUUCAGAAUGAAUUUGACUGCAGUUAGAAACUGCAUUCGAAUUUGGUACAUCCGACGUACGACCUCCAGCCCACAUGACAGCGCCGACCCACCACUCAUUAUGAUUCGGGCCGCGCAGACAUUGUUCAACUUUUAUUUGAAUCCGAUGUUUUGA